GUGUAGCAACCUAGCAAUCGUUUGCAAAAUUGGAACAUUUUUGAAGUUCACAAACGUUUUAAAUCGGAACAGAACAACGCUUUCCUUUCUGUUGAUCAUUAUCCUCAAUUUCUAGCAAAGUUUACGGAUUGAGCCAUGUCGGGACGUGGUAAAGGAGGAAAGGUAAAACAGAAGGCCAAGUCUCGAUCAAAUCGUGCUGGACUUCAAUUUCCCGUUGGUCGUAUUCAUCGCUUACUGAAAAAAGGAAAUUAUGCUGAGAGGGUUGGUGCUGGAGCUCCUGUAUAUCUUGCUGCAGUAAUGGAGUAUCUAGCAGCCGAAGUGCUCGAAUUGGCUGGGAAUGCAGCCCGCGAUAACAAGAAAACUAGAAUCAUCCCCCGACACCUACAACUAGCGAUUCGUAAUGACGAAGAGUUGAACAAGUUACUUGCAGGAGUCACCAUUGCACAAGGAGGGGUUCUGCCCAAUAUUCAAGCCGUUCUUCUCCCAAAGAAGUCAGAGAAGAAAGCAUAGCCAAUAUCACUGACUAGAUUCAGAAAAUAACAUGUACCAUAAGCUGUGAUGCUGAGAGCGAACACAUAUAAUAAAGUAAAUGUUGUUGCGAGAAAGCACAAAUAAAUGUGAA